UAGUAACGUCGCUCUAUCUAUCUACAAAAUCAUACCAACUAUCCCACAAUCAUGGCAACAAACGAUAUUAAAUCCCCAAACCCAAAUCGCAUGUCCACCAUCUCCACCACAUCUGCAGCAACCGAUGCCUCAGCCACCGCUGAGCUUUCUCUCGUUGUCGAUGAACUUCUAAAUUCUCUCUCGAAUAAAUUCGCUGGCGUUUCGAGCGAGAUUUUCGCAAAGAUGGACGAAAUGUCGCGACGUUUAGAUAAUCUCGAGGCUACACUGCAAAGUAAUAUGGAUCCGAAGGGGGACGGCCGAGGCAGCCCUACGAAGAUGUAAUCUGCAAGGUACAACUACAUUACCAUAUUCUUGAUUAAAUUUUGGAGCCGAUAGAUGAGGGGGAAUAUAGAUUGCAGUGUUGUCAAACGUGGGUGGAAUUGCAUACGGAAGUUUGAUUACAAUUGUACAAACGGGCGUUGAAAUGGGAGGACAUGGGACGAGAUACCAAGGUAG